AUGCCACCUCACAAGAAGCCUUUCACCGUGUGGUCGUGCUUCAUCCACGUGGGCUUCCCCCUUCUUCCGCGCCAAGUAGAGCGUCAAUCUGGCUGGAUCAACUUUGAAGCGAUCAUCGACGUCUUUCUUCUCGUUCACAUGGCCUUCUGCAGCGCGCUCACUUUCGCGUUGCUCGCUAUCUUCACGGGAAACACAGUCCCUUCGCCGUAUACCGCGCACUCCAACUCGACCUCUGCCAUCUUCGUGCGGAAAGUUCUCGACUGA